CCGCGCUUCCUCUAUUUAAACAGCUGUCUUCUCUCUUCAUUUCAAUCAAUCUCUCACCACUUGUCUCUCCCUCUCUCUUAAUAAAAACUGUCUGAACGGCAUAUGUCUCAGAGACCUCAAGUUCCUCAUUCUUCUUCUAUAGCUUUCGGUCUCCAUUCUCAUCUCCUCAUUUCCAGUGAAAUCAGCUCUAAUUCUAACUGGUCUCUCUAAGAAAAAGAAAAAAAAACUAACCUUUUUAAAAUUCUCUCUCAGAUUUUCUCGGAAUAAAAAUCUAACCUUAAAUUUUUUAAUUUUUCGAUUUGAUUCAAAAAAGAAAUGGGUCUCAAGGGUUUCGCAGAAGGAGGCAUCGCAUCGAUCGUAGCGGGUUGUUCGACCCACCCGCUCGAUCUAAUCAAGGUCCGAAUGCAACUCCAAGGCGAAUCAGCUCCUGUUCAGACAAACCUCCGACCAGCCCUAGCUUUCCAGACAUCCUCCUCCUCCUCUGCCGUCCACGCGCCUCCUCCUCCGCGCGUGGGCAUAAUCGGUAUCGGAUCACGCAUCAUCCGACAAGAAGGCACGCGCGCUCUCUUCUCCGGCGUCUCCGCCACCGUCCUCCGCCAGACCCUCUACUCCACGACCCGCAUGGGUCUAUACGACAUCCUCAAGACCAAAUGGACCGACCCGGAAACAAAGUCCAUCCCUUUAACCCGCAAACUCGCCGCCGGGUUCAUCGCCGGAGGAAUCGGCGCCGCCGUCGGAAACCCGGCGGACGUCGCGAUGGUGCGCAUGCAAGCCGACGGUCGUCUCCCUCUGGCCGACCGGAGGAACUACAAGAGCGUUCUCGACGCGAUCGCGCAGAUGGUCCGCGGCGAAGGCGUCACGUCUCUGUGGAGGGGAUCGUCGAUGACGAUCAACAGAGCGAUGCUCGUGACGGCGUCGCAGCUGGCGACGUACGACUCGGUGAAAGAGACGGUUCUGGAGAGAGGGUUGAUGAGAGACGGGCUCGUGACUCACGUGACGUCGAGUUUUGCUGCGGGGUUCGUGGCGUCGGUCGCGUCGAAUCCUGUGGAUGUGAUUAAGACGAGGGUGAUGAAUAUGAAGGUGGUGGCGGGGAAAACGCCGCCGUAUAAGGGAGCGGUUGAUUGCGCGUUGAAGACGGUGAGAGCUGAGGGAGUCAUGGCCUUGUACAAAGGGUUUUGGCCGACGGUGUCGAGGCAAGCACCGUUCACGGUGAUUUUGUUUGUGACGCUUGAACAGGUUAAGAAGGUGUUGAAGGACUUUGACUUUUGAGAUGAUGAUGAUGAUGAUGAUAUGAUGAUGAUGAUGGUGGAGAUGAUUGGCUUAUAGAAAAUAAAGUAUUAUUUGUAUUUUUCUUUUGAUUAAUCGGAUAGUUUAAAUUUAAAUGCUCAUUUAUCGACUAGUUCUGUCUGUGGAAUGAUAAUUUGCUAUCAAUGAGAAAGAAACAGUUCAUCUGA